ACUUAUAAUUACCUGUUAAAGCAUUGUCGUAGUGCGUAUCAUGUAUAAUUAAAAUAAAUCUUACGUAUGGUUAUGUGUUAUGCGUAUAUGAUUUUUAAUUAAACUUGUGGUCUGCGGUAAUCCACCUCCGUGUGUUGGAAAGAUGGUACAGUCGGCAAAAAGAGUUUAUCUUAACUGAACUAAAAUGCCUAUUUGGGACACGAAUCUCACCCGCAGCGUUAUAAUUCUUAUCGUGAGAUACGUGUAAACGUGCAUUUGUGUGAUUUAGACACCAGAGUGGUGAAACAGAUGUAAAACCUGGAUGACUGUGUAUAUGGAUGGCGUCGAUCUGCAAACAAAGUCACCAUCGCAUCCUGUCUGUAGGUCAGACAGACAGAUAGACGGACAGGCAGGCAGAUAGACAGAGAGAGAGAGACAGGCAGGUAGACAGACAGAUAGACAGAGAACAAUAACAGCGUCUGUUGUUUAGGAUUUAAUCUGAGCCUCAUGGUCUUGCUCCUGGAAUAGAAACUAAAUCAGCAUCACCGUGACUAUAGUGUAGGUUUGAUCUGUACACACAAAGACACCAGGAUGGAUUUAAACGACAAGAGGUCGUUAUCCGAGCUCAUGGCCGGGUAUGAAGGCACUGAAACCGGAUUCUGUGUACCUAAGGAUGGCUGGAGGAUCUGUCUGCGGCACGAGUUUAAGGAGAAAAGAAAACCUUUUCAGGCUAAAGACGUGUCCCUGUCUCACAUCAUGCAGCACAUCGGCUUGGGCUUCAGGUAUUUAAAAUGGUGGUACCAGAGAACACAGAUUGAGAAGAAAGCGCCCUUUAUAGACAUAUUCAAGGCUUUGCCUCUAAGGCAGAUUUAUGGUGCUCCUCUGGGUGGCAUUGGAGGAGGAAGCAUUACACGUGGAUGGAAAGGGGAGUUCUGCAGGUGGCAACUAAACCCAGGAAUGUAUCACUACAAAACAGUCAUUGCUGACCAGUUUACAGUGUGCCUGCGUAAGGAUGGUCAGACGAUCUAUCAGCAAGUGUUGUCCACUGAACAUCCUCACACACUGCAGGACUGGAAUUGGGGUUACUGCGGUGCAUUUGCAUUCUACCAUGCACUAUUUCCCAGAGCCUGGACAGUUUAUCAGCUGCCUGGUCAGAACGUGACACUCACAUGCAGGCAGGUGUCACCUGUCAUCCCACACAACUACAAGGACUCAAGUUUUCCGGUUGCUGUGUUCGUGUGGGAUAUAGAGAACAAGAAUGAUUAUGCACUAGAUGUCACAAUCAUGUUUACCAUGGCCAACGGAUCAGGCCACAAGGAUGAAAAAUGUGGGGGUCACUGGAAUGAACCAUUCAAUUUGGAAAGAGAGGGAGAGUCCGUGUCAGGGGUUUUGCUUCACCACUGCUCACCAGUGAACCCGUACACACUGUGUAUGGCGGCUCGAGAACAGUCCAACAAAAAGAUCACCCACCAGACUGCGUUCAAUCCAAAUGAUACCGGAAAGGCCGUUUGGAGUGACCUGAUGAGUGAUGGACAGUUAGAUUCACCCCCUGGCUCCAGCCCUCUAACUCGGAAAGGAGAGAUGGUGGCAGCAGCCCUGGCGGUGGGCUGCUCUGUGUCUGCUCAUGAACACAACAGUCUAGAAUUCUGCCUGGCCUGGGACAUGCCAAAAAUUACUUUUGGCUCAAGGGAAAGAGAGCACAUCAGACGUUAUGCACGUUACUAUGGCACUAAAGGAGAUGCAGGCCCGGCUCUCUCACACUAUGCACUUACACACUACAAAGACUGGGAAAAUUAUAUUAAGGAAUGGCAAAGACCCAUUCUGGAUGACGGUUCUCUCCCUUCCUGGUAUAAAUCAGCUUUGUUUAAUGAAUUAUACUUCGUUGUGGAUGGAGGGACAGUGUGGGUAGAGCUUCCUGAGGACUGUGAUGUUAGUGGAGGUCUUCGUUCAGAAGAAGGUGGUCUUCCAGCUCAGCCCCCUGUCCUCAAGGAGUAUGGCCGCUUUGCCUAUUUAGAAGGUCAGGAGUACAGAAUGUACAACACGUACGAUGUUCACUUCUAUGCCUCCUUUGCACUUAUCAUGCUCUGGCCCAAACUGGCUCUGAGUCUACAGUAUGAUAUUGCUGGUAGUGUGGUACAGUAUGACCCCACACAAAGGGUGAACCUUAUGAAUGGGCUUUGGUCACCAGUUAAGACCAGGAAUGUAGUACCUCAUGAUAUAGGAGACCCAGACGACGAGCCUUGGCAGCGUGUUAAUGCCUAUCAGAUCCAUGACACAGCGGAUUGGAAAGACCUGAACCUGAAAUUUGUUCUGCAGGUCUAUCGUGACUAUCAUCUAACUCAGGACCUGCAGUACCUGAAGGACAUGUGGCCCAUUUGUCAGGUGAUUAUGGAGACUGAAAUGAAGUUUGAUAAAGAUGGGGAUGGCCUAAUAGAGAACUCCGGCUAUGCCGACCAGACCUAUGAUGGAUGGAUUGUAACAGGUCCCAGUGCAUAUUGCGGGGGUCUAUGGCUGGCCUCAGUGUGUGUAAUGUGUAAGAUGGCACAACUUUUGAAAAGUGAUUCCGUGUAUGAGCACUACAGAGACAUCCUGAAGCGAGGCAGCGCCGCCUUUGAUAAACUACUGUGGAAUGGGAAGUACUAUAACUAUGACAGCAGUGGGCGAGGUAUGUCCAACAGUGUGAUGUCUGACCAGUGUGCAGGCCAGUGGUUUCUCAGGGCAUCUGGACUAGGAGAUGAUGAGUUUGAGGUUUUCCCUAAGGAGAAGAUCCGCAGUGCGCUGAAAAGUGUGUUUGAUCUGAACGUGAUGAGCUUUGCAGGAGGGCAGAUGGGGGCUGUGAAUGGCAUGAGACCAGAGGGUGUUCCUGAUCGCUCCAGCGUCCAGUCAGAUGAGGUCUGGGUUGGUGUUGUCUAUGGACUUGCAGCUACUAUGAUUCAGGAGGGCCUUCUAGAAGAAGGUCUUCACACUGCUGAAGGUUGCUAUCGGACAGUAUGGGAGCAGACAGGAAUGGCCUUUCAGACUCCUGAAGCAUACUGUGAAAAAGGGAUCUAUCGCUCCUUGGCUUACAUGAGACCUCUUAGCAUUUGGGCCAUACAACUGGCCCUGGACAAUCGACCAAAUCUGAGCAAGAAGCCAAGCCCUUCUGUUUAGAGACAGAUUUACAGGAUAAACCGUGUAAAAAGAACUGCCAUUAAUGAUUGUGUGCAUGAUCUUCUGACCUCCAUGCACAUGACUGUUCAUACCAGAUUAAGUGUGCAUUAAAGCUGAUGUUUACUUCCAGGAGCUAAGUGUGUGAUUCAAUGUAGCAGCUUUGAAUACAGUUUAAACAAUAAUGGUGCUUCCGUUUCGUGCAGAACUUUUACAUACAGUAGAUAAACACAUAAAAUAUAUCCCUCAGACACUGAUCAUGGCUUUAGCUAAAAAGGUGAGAGAGAGGGAGUGCAGGAAUGAGUUUGUUUAUUUAUAUGUUUGAAUGGUGGUAUUUUAGUAUUAGUGAUUAUCAUACAUAUAUUUGCGUUUAGCAGUUCAAUUAUGUAUUUGUUUUAUCAUAACUGCAGAAGUCUGAACCUGAUAAUGAAUAAUGUACAUCAACAUUUAAGCAGUGAUGUUAAUAUGAUGGAUGAUUUUUCAGUGGUUUGAUUUUCGUUGUACUCUGGAAUACUUGUAGUAAUAAUGGAAUAAUGUGGGUUUAAGUUUGCAUUUGAGGUGUACUGUGGGAUAUAAUUAGGGGAUAAACAUUAAAGUGUACCAGGAUAAUUUGUAGAUUGGGACACCUUAAAAACUAUUAAAUCCCAAGCUGCUUUUUUUAAAAUUAGAACAGGCUUUAGAUACUCUGCAAAAAGUUUUGGACACACAUUCCACGUUUUUGAUUUAUGUGUCAAUUUUUAUUUAUUAUUAUUAUUAUUAUUAUUAUUAUUAUUAUUAUUAUUAUUAUUAUUAUUAUUUUGUAAAUCACUGUUUAGGUACAUGACCAUUUUGUUUCUUAAAAAACUGACAGAAUUAGAAAAACACCUACUGUUUUGAACAAUAUAGUAAAUAUUAAGAUAAUUAAUUGCAUUUUUGGCCCUACAUAAAAUUAUCCAAAUCAGUUUCCACUUUAGGCAGCAGUAAAUGAUGUAAGCUGAAGGUUAUAUUACGCAUGAGAAAUGUGUCUACUCAUUAAUUGUAGUUUACACAAUACUACAGCUGCCACUUUAUUGGAUAAAUGUAGGCUCCAGCUCCUUCUGAGUGGUCUCCAGACCUUCUCCAUAAGGUUCUCCAGCACUAGUGGGAGCUGACAUAGGAAUUAACCAGUGUGUAGAUAGAAGAUCAGUGCAUCUAUCAAACCAAUUGUGUAUAUGUGGAGUCUGAAAUAUAUGCGAAUCACAUGAUGAUAAUGAGAGUAAACAACAAUAUUAAAUAAUUAAUAAUACUAAAAAAGCAAUCAGGUAUUUUUUUUUUACCUUUUGUGAUAUUCCAUCUGUCAUGAAUGUACAUGCACAAUUGAAAAUACAGAUAUAAAUAAAAACAUUUUUAAUUA